AUGACAACUCCUGCCUCCUCUUCCGAAAAACAGCCCCGUUGUCGGGUUAGAGACGCCGUGCCCGGUAUCCACCUCGGCUUCUGGCCACCAGGUCCCAAGAACAGUCUCACCGACGUGCCGGGGGUGCUUGUGCACACCGAGACCAUCCGUUCCGCCGACGGCCGGGUCAACACCGGCGCCACCACCAUCCUUCCCCGCAAGAACUGGUUUCAGGAUGCCUGUCAUGCUGGCAUCUUCCGCUUCAACGGAUCGGGUGAGAUGACCGGCAGCCACUGGCUGGAAGAGACUGGUCUCCUGGCCUGCCCGAUCGUCAUCACCAACUCCUUCUCCGUGGGCGACGCCUACCGCGGCGUCCUAGACUAUGCCGUCGAGCACAACAGGGCACACAAGACUAGCUGGUUCAUGCUGCCCGUCGUGGCUGAGACGUUUGACGGCUACAUGAACGACCUCUACCAGUUCGCCGUCAAGCCCGAGCACAUUGUACAGUCCAUCAAGAACGCCUCCUCCGACCCGGUGCCCGAGGGAAAUGUGGGCGGCGGCACGGGAAUGUUGUGCCAGGGCUUCAAGGGCGGCACUGGCUCCAGCUCUCGUCUCGUCCCGGGCGUCAAGCUCUCAGCCUCCAGCAACGGACGGACCGAAGAGACGUCUUGGACGGUCGCGGCGCUCGUUCAGUCCAACUACGGCAAGAUUCACCACCUGCAUUUCGCCGGUGUGCCCGUCGGGCGCAUCAUGAUGGAGCAGCGCAAGGCUGAUGAGGCGGCCGCAGCGGCAGAUGAGGCCUACUCCAAGACCAAAGACGACAAGGACGGCAGCAUCAUCGUCAUCAUCGCCACCGAUGCGCCCCUCAACCCGCUGCAGUGCCAGAGACUGGCGAAGCGGGCGACGGCGGGUCUGGCGAGGGUAGGCGGAUACGGGCACAACCUGUCCGGCGACAUCUUUUUGGCAUUCUCGACGGGCACCUCGGUGGUGGUGCAGACCGAGGGGGGCCAACCGGCGCAGGAGAUCCCGGGCAGCAGCAUCGACGACAACACCAUAAACGCGCUGUUCGAGGCCGCGGCGGAUGCCACGCAGGAGGCCAUUUACAAUGCGCUCUGCAUGGCUGAGACGAUGACGGGGUUCGAGGGGCACAGGGUCGAGGCCAUUGAUCUGGAGAAGUUGAGGGAAAUUAUGGACAAACACAUGGUACGAUGA